ACAGUCGCGGUCGCACCAAAUACUGAAUUCUACUGAUUAUAAUUUAUAAUCAUGUAAAAACACUUAAAACACUAAAAACUAAAAUGUAAUAUUUAUAUUAUAUUGUCAUUUAUGUUUCUAAAUUUUGUUUUAUUAACUAUUAAUUACCAACUAUUUGUAAUAGCAUAAUAGGUAUUAAAAUCUAAUUAGUAUAAAUGAUUUUUUUACCUACUUGCCAAAAUAGUAUAGAAUAACAAGUAUUGAAAAACUGUUGGCAAUAACUAUUAUAUAUAUAGAUCUUAUAAUAAGUAUCAAUAAUUAAAUUGGAAACAUUUCAUAGACAAAAUCAUGGACAAAAUAACAGAUCAUUUAAAAUCAAAAUUAAUUUGUGCAUUUAAUAUUCCUUUAUAAAUGGUUUUUGGAUGUUGGAUAAAUUGAUAGCACAUUUUCAGGUAAAAUGGCAUUCAAUUUUGAGUCUAAUGUACUUAAUUCAAUUGAGAAUAUAUCAUCUAAAGUUUCAUUUUGGAACAUUGACUUACCUGAAAGUCCAUGGGAUGUAGAUGAUGAUUUAGAAGACUUGGACGUAUUGUGUGAAUUGGUUAGAAAUCAAUACUUGAAACGUCUCCAUCAAACAUUGCUCAAUAAUUUAAAUGUUACUAAUAGUUACAAAAAAAAUCCUCUUAAUCAGAUUCAACAAUCUGUUGAUAAAUGUUUGGCUGAAUUGGAAAAGCAAGCUCUAAGACGAUGUAUGAUUGCUAGUAUUUAUCGAGAAGGCAUGACUAAUUUGAUUAAUAAAGUGAAGACUGACACAAAAAAUGGAAUGCUAUAUGAUUUACUUAAACAUAUUAUUGAUUCAAACAAUCAAAUGCCAUUAUGUGAAAAAUUAUUUGGAGCUGAGAAUGUAACAAACAAAUCAGUGGGUAUUGAUGUAAGUGUUAAUACUGAACAAAAAUGUAAUAAAGUUACAUCAACACAGACUGAAAUAUGGACAGAUCCAGAAAAAUUAUUUGGAGCUGAGAAUGUAACAAACAAAUCAGUGGGUAUUGAUGUAGGUGUUAAUACUGAACAAAAAUGUAAUAAAGUUACAUCAACACAGACUGAAAUAUGGACAGAUCCAGACAAUAAUUUACCUGUUCAGAUCCCUGUUAAUAAAAUUAAUACAGAUCUGGUAAAAGAACCUAUUUUACCUUCUAGUUCCUAUAAUUUGAAAUCUAAGAUCUCUGAAUCAAAUAUCUUUAAUAAUUUAAAUUCUUUAUUAAAAUCAUCUUGUUCUUCAAAUUCCUCUUCUGAUGCUCAUAUGGAAGUAAAUUACAAGUAUGAAUCUUCUGAAUUUGAAAAUUUACAAAGGAAAGAUGAACAAGAAAAUUCUACAUCAAAUGAUUUAUUAAGUAUAAAUGCAUUAUUAAGAGAUCUUCAAGAUUCUCCUGAAUAUGAACAACAGUCUUCAAAAUUAGAAGAACGUUUAAUUGCCUUAGGGUUAGCAAUUGAAAAUAAUAAUUCCACAGAGAAUUUAACCGACUUAACUAAACCAAUUAAUAUAAGUCCUGAUAUUAUACGACCUGAUAAAAUAAAUGAAAUUCUUUCGGACAAAUUUAAAAGUAAACGAGUAGCCAAAUCAUAUCAAUUACGAAACAGUAUGAAUAAAUUGCCUCAAAGUCUACAAAUAAGACUGAACCAAAAAUUUAAAUACUUGUUUGGAAGUAGUCAUUCUUAUGAAUGUGAUCCAUUAUCUGAAGAAGAAGAACGUAUUAUAGCACAUAAAAGGAUUGUAAAAAUGGUUGUCGAAUUUAUGACACCUUAUUACAAAGCACACCGUAUCAACAGACAUUUAUUUAAAAAUCUUGCUAAAUUAAUCUCUAAGAAUCUUAUGGAUCGAGCAUAUGACCCAGAUGAAAACACAGUAGCCAAUGGAGUUAAUGAAUUUUUUACUGGAAAUAGAUGCAUUAAGACAGUUGAAGAUAUCUAUAUCAAUAAUUGAAUACCUAAUUGCUUCAAUACAUCAUAAUUAACCAAUUUACUACAAUGGUUAUUUUAUUGUACACAUAACAUAUUUAUGAUUUUCAAUCACUUAAAUGUUUUUUUUUUUACUUAAUAUAUACAUAUAUUAUGUAUGUAUGUAUGUUUUUUUUGUUAUGUGUAAUUUAAUUAUGAAUUAUUGACUUUUUAGUAAUCUUCACUUUUAAUAGCAAUAUAUUUUAUACUAUAUUCUAUA